AAAUGUCGGUGCUAAAGUGAUAUUGACAAAUUCAAAAGCUGUUUAUCAAGAUAUAUUUUGGCUCAAUUGAAAAAAAGAUUAUUAUUUUGACUUGUGAAUUGGAGAGAAUACAAUUAUCAACGUAUUUCUGAUAAUAAAGGAAAGAUUUUAGUUUCUUGAGAAGAGAAAGAGAGAAAGGGAAUAUUUUUUACUCCUGAAAGUGUGGAACAGUUCUUUCAUCAAUGAAACUCUUUCUGACAUGUCUUACACUGAACUGGAACAUGGCUAUCAGGGUCUUCGGAGCGCAAAUCGACCGAUAUUCUACGUAGGAGACGGUAAUACAGUCCCAGCCCUUGUAGAUCCCAACACUUCUAUUUUUCUAGGAUCCACUCGGGGCGAACUGUCGGACGGGUGUGUUAGUGAAGAUGGUUGCCUUCAGGGCGAUCUCGAGGGUGAGGGGAAGCAAGUUUUGGUGGGAAUAUGUGCUAUGGCCAAAAAAUCUCAAAGUAAACCGAUGAAGGAAAUUUUAACUCGUCUCGAGGAAUUUGAAUACAUCAAAAUUAUUGUUUUCGCCGAGGACGUUAUUCUGAAGGAACCUGUAGAAAAUUGGCCUAUUGUCGACUGUCUAAUCAGCUUUCACAGCAAAGGCUUCCCCUUGGAGAAGGCAAUUAGUUACGCAAAUCUUAGAAAUCCUUUUAUUAUCAAUAAUCUUCCAAUGCAAUAUGAUAUUCAGGAUCGCAGAAGGGUUUAUGCCAUUUUGGAAAGUGAAGGCAUCGAAAUACCUCGAUAUGCAGUUCUCGAUAGAGAUUCACCUGAUCCGAAACAUCACGAAUUGGUUGAAUCUGAAGAUCAUGUCGAAGUAAAUGGGGUCACGUUCAAUAAGCCCUUUGUAGAGAAACCAGUGUCAGCCGAAGAUCACAAUAUUUAUAUUUAUUAUCCAACCUCAGCAGGUGGAGGGAGUCAAAGAUUAUUUAGAAAGAUAGGAAGUCGCAGUAGUGUAUAUUCGUUAGAAUCUCGAGUUCGCAAGACUGGAUCGUAUAUUUAUGAGGAUUUUAUGCCCACCGAUGGUACAGAUGUUAAAGUUUAUACAGUGGGGCCAGAUUACGCUCACGCUGAGGCGAGAAAAAGUCCAGCACUCGAUGGAAAAGUCGAGAGAGAUUCCGAGGGCAAGGAAAUUCGCUAUCCAGUUAUUUUGAGUAAUGUGGAAAAACUCAUAAGCAGAAAAGUUUGUUUGGCCUUCAAACAGACUGUCUGCGGAUUUGAUCUCCUCAGAGCCAAUGGAAAGUCGUUUGUUUGUGAUGUUAAUGGAUUCAGUUUCGUGAAGAAUUCAAAUAAAUAUUACGACGAUUGCGCGAAAAUAUUGGGGAAUAUGAUUCUUCGGGAACUCGCGCCAACGUUACACAUUCCUUGGAGUGUUCCUUUUCAAUUGGACGAUCCUCCAAUUGUUCCGACAACAUUCGGCAAAAUGAUGGAAUUAAGAUGUGUGGUGGCGGUUAUAAGGCACGGCGACAGAACUCCGAAGCAAAAAAUGAAAGUCGAAGUUCGACAUCCCAAGUUUUUUGAAAUAUUUGCCAAAUACGAUGGUUAUAAGCACGGACACGUGAAACUAAAACGGCCUAAGCAAUUACAAGAAAUUUUGGACACAGCUCGAAGUUUAUUGGCCGAAAUACAACAUCGAGCUGCUAGUUCUGAACUCGAGGAGAAACAGGGAAAACUCGAGCAAUUGAAGAACGUAUUAGAAAUGUACGGGCAUUUUUCAGGAAUUAAUCGUAAGGUGCAAAUGAAAUACCAACCCCGCGGAAGGCCGAGAGGUAGUUCCUCGGAUGAUGGUAGUGGUAUAAUUCGAAAUCGACUUGGAGAACCGUCUCUAGUUUUGAUUUUAAAAUGGGGUGGUGAAUUGACACCAGCCGGUAGAAUUCAAGCUGAGGAAUUAGGCAGAAUAUUUCGCUGCAUGUAUCCUGGCGGUCAAGGUAGACAUCUUAGUGAGGAUGACACUGAGAUGUUACCAAAUCACGGUGAAUACGCCGGUGCGCAGGGACUUGGCCUUCUCAGAUUACAUUCAACAUUCCGACACGAUUUGAAAAUUUACGCCAGUGAUGAGGGUAGAGUUCAAAUGACCGCGGCCGCUUUCGCCAAAGGAUUACUCGCCCUGGAAGGAGAGCUCACUCCAAUUUUGGUGCAAAUGGUCAAGAGUGCAAACACCAACGGAUUAUUGGAUAAUGAUUGUGAUAGUAGCAAAUAUCAGAAUUUGGUGAAGACACGUCUGCAUGAAUUACUCCAACAAGAUAAAGAAUUUACUCGGGAAGAUAGAGAAGAAAUAAAUCCUAGCAAUGCUCUCAGUAUUAAUGCUGCGUUAGAUUUUGUGAAGAAUCCUGUAAAAUGUUGUCAACAUGUUCAGACUCUCAUUCAGAAGCUAAUGGAUAUUGUUAGAAUUAAAAAGGACGAUCCUAAAACAAAAGAUGCAAUUCUCUAUCACGGCGAAACGUGGGAAUUGAUGGGCAGACGUUGGGGCAAAAUUGAAAAAGAUUUCUGCACAAAGCAUAAGCGAUUUGAUAUUUCAAAAAUUCCGGACAUUUACGACUGUAUAAAGUAUGAUUUACAGCAUAAUAAUCACACUUUACAGUUCGAGCAAGCCGAGGAAUUGUAUAUUUACGCUAAAUAUCUCGCCGACAUUGUUAUACCUCAGGAAUAUGGAUUGACAGUACAAGAAAAGCUCACUAUUGGUCAAGGAAUUUGCACGCCACUUUUGAAAAAAAUUAGAGCUGAUCUUCAGCGAAAUAUUGAAGAGUCAGGCGAAGAGUCUGUCAACAGACUCAAUCCAAGAUACUCUCAUGGAGUUUCAAGUCCAGGACGACACGUGAGGACGAGACUUUAUUUUACCAGCGAAAGUCACGUUCAUUCUUUACUAACAGUUCUUCGCUACGGAGGCUUGCUCGAUGUGGUGAAGGACGAACAGUGGAGGCGAGCAAUGGAAUACGUCAGCAUGGUUUCAGAAUUAAAUUACAUGUCACAGAUUGUUGUGAUGCUUUACGAGGAUCCAACCAAGGAUCCAUGCAGCGAAGAAAGAUUUCAUGUUGAAUUGCAUUUUAGUCCGGGGGUCAAUUGUUGUGUACAGAAAAAUUUGCCCCCUGGUCCAGGGUUUAGGCCACAUUCACGCAAUGAAAGUAGCCACAAUCUUGUAAGAAAACUGAAAUUGGGCGAGACAAGUUCAAAUCAGGAUAAUGCAUCGCAAUGCAGUACGCGAAUUGAAGAGGAGGAUUCUGAAUUGGGAGUUUUGGAGGAUGAUUCAGCAAACAAUGAACAUCACUGUAAUAUUACACCACCAUUGAUGGAAAUCGAUUCCGUCGAUGCUAAUUUGGAUAGUCCAACAACUGCGAGUAGAAAUAUUGAUAUGAUGGAUUUGGAUGCCGCUUUAAUGGAUGAACCAUACGACAGUGGAUUUUUGCAAAGUUCUGCGCCAAUUCCAAUCAGUGCUCGUACAGUUGCGGGUCAUGAAGCAGCAAGACUGGGAAGUCAAUUGGCAGCUAGUCAGAGGCAAAGAAGGGAAAGAGAAGCGGGUGUAAUUUGUGAACCACGAGCUCGUAGUUACGAUCAUCAGAGACAGGAGAAACCCGAAAAAACUGCGGACAAGCUGCAGUAUCAGAGCUUGGACGCGGUCAAUAAAGAAGCUGAAUCACCUUGCAGUCCAAGUGUGCCAAAAUAUCUCGGAAAGCCAGUGUUUCUAGCACACUCAGUCAGCUCUCCCGACUUGCCCAUCCCAAUUCUAGAAGUGCCCAAUGAUCCACCAAGUCCCAUUAUAACUUUGCACAGCACUCCUUUAGCUUCACCCAAUACAAAUAUAUCUUCAGCUGACGAUAUUUACGAAUCGAUUAUUCUCAAUGACACCUAUGAUCUCACAGCUCAAUAUUUAUUGCCCAAGAAAUACGGUCGAUCACACUCGGAAAUGAUUCUGCCAAACAUUGAAGUCACUGGUGAGUUUAAACCAUCUCCCAAAUCCGGAGAUGCUGAACAAUUAAAUCCUCAAAAAUCUCCACCAGAAUCACUUAUUGUUUUCUCGAAAUCUCAAUGUUUAACCGAACCUCAACGACUAACCGACGAAACUCUUUUUGAAAUCUUAAACCUAACAGAUUUAAAUGUUUUGGAAAAGCGGAAAAUAACAGAUAAAAAUGUUCCAGAAAUCGCAAACCUAACAGAACAUGUUGUUUCAGAAGACCCAAUCCUAAUAAAACAAAAAAUUGUUUCAGAAAACCCAAACCUAACAGAUAAAACUGUUUCGAAAAUCGUACAUCUAACAGAUCUAAAUGUUUCAGAAACACCGAACCUAACAGAAAAAAUUGUUUCAGAAAUCGCAAACCUAACAGAACAUGUUGUUUCAGAAGACCCAAUCCUAAUAAAACAAAAAAUUGUUUCAGAAAACCCAAACCUAACAGAUAAAACUGUUUCAAAAAUCGUACAUCUAACAGACCUAAAUGUUUUAGAAACACCGAACCUAACAGACAAGAAUACUCCAGAAAUGGCAAACCUAACAGAACAAAUUGUUUCAAAAACCCCAAACCUAGAUCUUGUUUCUAAAAACCCAAAUCUAACAGAUGAAACUGUUUCAAUAACCGUAACCCCAACAGAUGUUUGCGAAAGACCAAACCCAACAAUCGAAACUUUUCUAGAAACCGCACCAGCAUCAUUAAAUGAAAAAUCAUCAGUAGAACUCGAAUUUUUAUCCACCAAGUCUAACCCAAUAAUAAAAAGAUCCCGUUCGCCCUUUCUCGAAGUCGACAAUAAUCGAAGAACCCAAAGUAAAAGAUCACGUUCCCUCUCGCCAUGCCCACCAAAUUGUUUGUGCUAUAACUGCAAUGUCUCAAAACUAAUAAAACAAAGUCUCGAUCUCUCGCCAUCUGAAAAAUCAAAUUUCAAUACCUAUUUUAUCAGAUCAUUGUCGCACAAAUUUUACAAUUGCUCCUGUUAUUCACUAGCAUCAUCCGAAAGAAUUGACAAUUUAAACUUUCAAGCGAGAAUUUGCCACCAAAAAUUGUCUGAUGAAAAUAGAAAAUCCAGUUCUGAAAGGAUUAGAGAUUGUAGGUCUUUAGCUGUAUCUAAUUUACGACAGAAGAAUGGUAAAGAGUUUAAAGAAAAUAGUGGAGAGUGUAAAGAAAUUAGUGGAGAAAGUAGAGAAAAUAUUUUUGAAGUGCAUCAGAGUUUUGAGAGAGUGACUAAUGGCAGACCGGACACUAUAAUAAAUUUAUUAAAAUUCAAAAUCAGAAAAUCAAUGUCAUGUCCAAUUUUGGGAGUUGAUAGUACUAAUAACACGGCUUUAAAUUCUUGUAUCCUCUAUUCCAGUUAUUCUCUAGAUUCUUUGCAUCCAUUGUGCCACAAUUGUUCCCAUUUCUAUCACAAUAAUGCUCAUAGCUCAUUAGAUUUAGAAGUAGAUAAUAAACAGUUUGGCUUCAACAAUUGUACUGCGCAUUGUAACCAAAAUUAUUAUCAUAAUUCUCAUCCUAAUUGUCAACUAUAUCAUAAUUAUCAUCCUAAUUGUCAAUCUUAUCAAAAUUAUCAUCCUAAUUGUCAUCCUAAUUGUCAUCUCUAUUGUCAACCUUAUAAUCGACCCUAUAAUUGUCGUCAUUAUCAUCAUAAUCAUCAGCAUUGUCAUUGUUAUGGUUAUUUAAAAAAUCAUUGUUCCAAAAAUCCGAAAAUGACUCCCAUCCCAAAACUCCAGCAUCAGAGGUCCUUCUCAUCUCCAGACACUCGACCUUCAAUCAUUGAACCUGACCCUACCUGCACAGCAAGGCGCCACCGUCACAGUAUCUCUGGACAGAUGAGUUAUUUCAAGCUGUUGGGGUACAACGUUAGUAAGAAACUCACUGGGUCAGCCAACAGUCUAUUCAGCACUGCUGUGAUUAGCGGUUCGUCGAGUGCUCCAAAUCUCAAGGAUAUGAUACCAGCGCAUGCUUCUGCUGUUGCCGCUAUAGAAGGAUUCGGUGGAGUGCCACCAAUAAGAUCACUGGAAACCCUUCACAAUGCCCUGUCACUAAGACAAUUGGACGGAUUUUUGGAAAUAAUGACGAGCGCACCUUUAUUCCGUACUCCAGCAUCGUCACCACCGAAAAUACCCUCACCCGGUGGAACAAUAAAUCAAUCAAUGAUUCCUCAUCUCAACAUUCGAGAUAUCAAUCGCGAGUACCACUCUUCCGACUCGGAAGCUGUCAGGUACCGUAAGAUAUUUAAGCAAAUUAAUCAAUACAUAACACCGUCGCCACUACAAUAUAAAACAGAAACUGAUAACGACACUAUUGAUAUCAGAAGUCAGAUCUCGCCAACAAGUCCAAACAGCGCUGGUUGGAGUAGUGAACCACAAUCAUUUUUAUCCUCUGAACCUUCGUCUCCAGCUCCAACGUCCGCUGGAGAGAGCAGCAUGUCAAUCAGUCUAAUCAGCAUCGAUGGAAAUCAAUCACAAAAUGCAGGAGCGAAAUUUACAGCGCCUCGUCUCGACCUUGAUUUUCAUGAUUUUUGCGUGACAAUCGAUAAGGAUAAUCGAGAGAGUAGAGGUAGUGUCUCUUACACUGAUUACUACAGCAAUGAAGACGGACAAAUUCGAAGAAGUGGAAACGGAAGUACUUUUCCACAUAUACAAGCUCCAGUUUGUACUGAUGAUUUAACUGAUAACAACGAAUGCUUAGACGACGAAGAAGAUUACACAUUAACGUUAAGGCAGAGCGAGGAGCAAAAGAAACAGGAUCUCAAGUCGAUUUUUGAACAAACGGAAAAUACCAAUAAGUCGAGUAAUUUCAAAAGAAUCGGAAGGUUUCGAGUCGAAAGUAUGGAUAUAACAGACGAGGACGUUAGAAUAAAAGAAUCGUGUUCCCUAAGUUCGAGUUACACUUCCGACAAAAGUAAAACGAAUUUUCUCCAACGAUCCGAAUCUGAGGUUUGUGAUAAAAAUCUAUCAUCAUCAUCAUCUGAUUAUAAAAAGGACACGUCAUUUUUGAAAAGUCUUCGCAAUAUCGGCAGCGCGUCCACUUCAGCAAAGAAGAAACAAUUUUUACGUUCACAAAGUGUUUCGAAUCCAAAAUUUGAAAGUUCAAAACAAGAUUCACGACUCUCUCAACAGAGUUCAUUUUCAACACUGACGAGUGAAGAUUUACAAAAUUGGAAAUCAUCUUCCAAAAAAGAUUCCUCAUCACCAAUUUCUUCCUCGAGCGUUCAAAAGGAACAACCAGUCUUAACGUUAGCUAGCAGUUUGAAGGACAAUUCCAAUAUAACAGUAGGAUUUACCGUUCAAGAUGACAAAAAAGAGUAAAUUGCGCUUUAUUGAAAAAAAAGAAUUAGAAAAAAACAUUUUUUUUCAGUUCAAGAUAUUUUAAAUUUAUCGUGUUUUUUAGGAAAUUUUUUAAUAGUUUAAAUUCUUCAAAUUUUUGCAUAAUAAAUGAGCAUAGUUAACAAUGAGGAAUUGAAUUUUAUUAAGUUUUACUGAGAUAGUUCUGAUUCCUUUAGGGGCGUGUUGACUUUUCAAGUUUGGCGUUUCUCAUUUUUGAGAUUGGAAUAUUCAUUUUAUUAAUUACGUUAAUUUAUAAAUUAAAUAAAAAUUUGGAUUUUAAAAUUUUCACACACAGAAAACUUUCUUUUCAAAAUUUACUACGAGAAAAAAAUUCUUUCCGUAU